CUGAAAAACAUGGCAACUAGAGAGUUUGAUGUCGAAUUCACUUCAUAAAAAGAUUUCAUGUUAGAGACCCAAGAUUAGGGAAUGGAGAGUGAAGGACGCCGUGGCGCUGAUUUCACUGGUGACAAUGCUUCUAUGGGUUAUAUGUUAACUGUAGGAGUUAUGGAAGAAGUUCUCGAGAAACUAAAAUUGCUUGACUACGAGACGGACUUCUGCAAACAGAUGGGAUUCAGACCUUUGUCAAGGCACUACUUUGCAGUGGCAAAUAACCCAGGGGAGCAGUUUUUUACCUUCACAUCAUUAGCAGCUUGGUUGUUCACAUGUUGUGGCAGAAACUUUGAGCAACCUCAAGAGUAUGAUGACCCUAACGCUACUGUGUCCAGCAUUUUGGAUGAACUUAAAAAACUGAAUGUUGGAGUAGAUUUUCCACCAGCAAAACUCAAAACAGGAACAGGAGAGCAGGUUUGCUAUGUAAUUGAUAAACUUGCAGACGAGGCCCUGAAAGUCAAGAAAUUUGGUUGGAAAAAGCCGCAACAUGAACAGGAAGACUUUGAGGAGGAAACAAUGGAAGAUGAUGAAGCUGAACUGACACUGAACAAAGUGGAGGAGGAAAUGAUGGAUGAAGCAGAGGAAGAAAUUGAAGAAGAGGACAGUUAUCUAGAUCUGGCAGGAAUGAAGCAGCAGUCACAAAUGAAUGAGAUUGCUGAUUCAUCAAAACCCGAGUCUGUGAUGGAGUCAACUAUUGACGCUGCUGAGUGGAAACUUGAAGUUGAAAGGGUUCUGCCAUUACUGAAGGUUCACAUUCGAACUGAUAACAAGGAUUGGAGGACGCAUUAUGAACAAAUGCAACAACACAGUGAAGGAAUUAAAUCUUCUCUAACUGAGACAAAGGGUCAUCUUGACAAACUACACCAUGAAAUCAGUAGAACUCUUGAGAAGAUAGGAAGUCGAGAAAAGUACAUCAAUAAUCAGCUGGAACAUUUGCUGCAAGAGUUUCGGAGUUUACAGGACACUUUAGCUGAGACUAAAGAACGUUACAAGCAAGGCUCUGGAGGGGUAACUGACCUCACUAAGUCAUUAUCACAGAUCACAGAAGAACUUGAGUCUGUCAAAGCACAGAUGGAUGAAAGAGGAACAAAUAUGACUGAUGCAGGUCCUUUAGUCAGAAUAAAACAAGCGUUGACAAGACUCAAACAGGAAGUUCAACAAAUGGAAGUUCGUAUAGGAGUGGUUGAACACUCCCUUCUUGUCGCUAAAAUCCGUGAUCGGAGCGCCAUUAGAGAAGACAUGCAAGCCCCAGUCUCUGACGCGGCCACGUUUGGAGAUUUCAAACCGUUUUAGAGUGGACCGAUCGUCACGUUACUUGUGGAAGAGACGCAACCAAGCAGAGGAGGAAAUAUUACUGUAAAGUAACAAUGGGACGCCGCCAAUUAUAACAUUAAUCGCCUUUUUUAGUUCAAUAUUUAUUACGAGAGGACUUUCAGCCAUACUACGAAAGAAAAUGAAGGAGUGGAACUCUAACUGGAAAAGAGUCAAAGCUGCAAGGAAGUUGGUGUAGGAUGUGGCGUUUAAUGUUCGUUAAACGAGGCCGUAAUUUAUUUUUCUCGCAAACCAAAAUGACAACUUUCUCUGUAGAACCCACCAACAAUAAUUUAACGACUUCUGUACGAAAUUGUAGUGUCAUGUUGUAGUUUUCGUGAUUACAGUUCGUAGAACUUUCCUUGUUAUGAUCAAUAGAUUACCCUCUCCUCCCCUCAGUUUUUCGUUUAAUAUAAUGGCGUUGAUCCGAUAACUGUUAAAUUAAAAUGUGGUUUAAAACAG